AUGGCUCUCAGUUUCUUUGGUGGCGGAGGCAGCUCCAGUCACGCGAAAUACUUCGAUAUCCGUCUCGAUGAAGAUUACAUUGUGUUCCGGGGAGGAGAAGAGGAAGCCGCCAGUGCCCAUCUGAGCGGAAAGCUCAUUCUUUGUCUAUCAGAGCCCUUGUCUAUCAAGCACAUCAGACUCCACCUCACGGGUAUAUCUCGGGUUUGCUGGCAUUUGCCGUCCAGUACUGCCGGCGGAGGCAGGAAGUCGUGGAGAGAGCGUGUGUUCUACGAAAAGACGUGGCGAUUCCGAGAUGCGGGUAAGAGCAAGACGGAAGUGCUGCCUGCGGGCAACUACGAGUAUCCCAUCAACCUCGUUCUCGAGGGCUCCAUGCCGGAGAGCGUUGAAGGCCUUACCGACACCUACGUCACCUACCGUUUUAAGGCGGAAAUCGGACGCAAGUAUGCCAAGGACAUCAUUGUCCGCCGCCCGCUCCGUAUCAUUCGGACCCUGGAGCCCAGUGCUCUUGAGCUUGCACACGCUAUGUCGGUGGAGAAUGUCUGGCCAAACAAGAUUGAAUAUUCGAUCAGCACACCGACGAAGGCAGUUAUCUUCGGAACUAGUAUCCGGGUGGAUUUCAAGCUGAUCCCCCUGCUCAAGGGACUCAGAAUUGGGCAAAUCGUCUCUCAACUCAUCGAAAGCCACGACCUUACACUGAACCCAGAAGAUCCCGAUUCCAUUCGCAAUACAUAUAAGAGCACGAGGACUAUCCUCAAUGACGAACAUGAAUUAGAUGAGGACAAUGGGUUGGAAAUCAUCGAUGAGAUGGCCGAAGGAUUCCAGUUUUCGCGUCAUCUUGAGCUACCCAAAACCUUGACUCGAUGCUUGCAGGACACCGACACCCGAGGCAUCAAGAUUCGCCACAAGCUCAAGUUCCGCGUUCAGCUAUUGAAUCCCGACGGACACGUCAGCGAGCUUCGCGCCACCCUCCCUGUCUCGAUAUUCAUCUCCCCCAACCUUGCAAUUGACGAAAACAAUAACCUGGUCGACCAGACCCCCCAGACGGCACAAAGGGCCAUAGAUGAUCUUGCUCAACAGGCCCCUCCCUUGUACGGCGAGCAUCAGUUCGAUCAACUGUACAGCGAACUCGACCCCUCUGGCUACCGAACUCCAGGCCCUGGCAGUGGCCCAGGCACUCCUUUCGGUACUCUGAGCCGUAACCUGUCGGCUGAGAACCUUGCUUCCAUGAAUGCCUUGACCAACACGGACAUUUCUGCUUCUGCCUUGCACACCCGUCUCUCGAUCCUCCGCGCGAACGGACACAACCACCACUCGCCUACGGACCAAGACCACCCCGAAGCUGACAGUCGUCGUCUGGGUGUUCCUCCGGAUUACUUUGGACCCUCAUCGGCCUCGAAUUCGCACAGCCCCACAAGCCCCGAGCUCUCUCGACGCCCCUCUGAUGAGGUAGAUCACGACUACAUCCACUCUGGAAUGGCGACCCCAUAUCAUCCUCAAUAUGCCGAGGUCGAGACCCUGAGUCGCGUGCCCAGUUACUCCACUGCUGUCCGCACUACCGUCCGCCCCUGCGAUGCCGAGUUGCCAGACUAUCAAGCUGUGAUCGCCGAAGACGUUGUCAUCUCCGCGCCUCAGUCGCCUCAGCAGGCCUACAUUCGCACUGCCGGUCGCGGAUCUUCCUACUUCUCCGCUAUCGAUGCACUUCACAGUCGGUCUGGCCUCCUUCACUCCACUUCCUCUAGUCACGACGACGAUGACCGUCGACUGCGUCUUGUCCAAGCUCGAGCCAGGGUCUAA